AUGCUGCUGCAUCGUGCGCAUGCACUCAAUUUGCACCAAAAUGUCUCAAAAAACGCGAGGAGCCGCACUACCACUUGCACCGUGCAGCGGAUUAUUGGUGCUGGCACCGUGCGCCGUUCUGGUAGAGUAAGCUGCAGGUUCCCACGACGUGAGUGGUUGGCACCGCCUUCUUGGCAAAUGUACAAUUUAAAUUUAUUUUCAGAAUAAUUUUCUUGCCGGGGCCAACCAAUCACGUCUUGGAAAUCUGCUGCGUUUUGCCGCGUUUCGGCUCGUGCUUUAGAACCAAAAAAAAAACCUUUUCGCUGCGCGCGUCAAAUUAGCUAUGAACGCGGCAUUGUCAGGUUGACGUGUUGGAGCGUUCCUAGAAUUGCUCAGAAACGCCCGGAGCGCAUUCGGUUUUCGUUACCGAGGUCUGAGACAGAGUUGUGCGAGGGCCGACUCGUCAGCCUAACGGCGCAGUCUUUCUCUGAGCCCGGGCCAGGCUGA